CACAGCCCUCAUCUUCACUUUGUCUGCUCUUCCUCCCCAAGCCAAUAUUAGCAAUGAUAAAAGUAAUUGCCGUCCCAUACCUAUUUUGGGUCCAGUUGCAUUUUCUUCCAAUGCGUAUUCUUGGAAGUGGAGGGGCCCCCCAUUCUCAAUCCCCGCAGAUUGCUGGUGAAUUUGAAGCAUUCAGCAAAGAACAAGUGGGAAAAAAGAGCGUCCACAUAAGGUUCAAAUUAAACUCUGUUGUGUUGCUUCUUUUUUCACUCCUAACAGGGCAUCAUAUGUUUUCCUAACUAAACCAAAUGUGUGCUGGGAUCGAGCCAAGCCAAGCCAGAGGAUAGAAUCCCUGAAGCGAAAAUGCUUGAGGCACAUUGUUGAAUGACAUUUAUUUAGCCUUUUGGCUAUCCAGAUUCCAGGCUGGAUACCUCAUUAAUCAGGCUCAUGAAUAUACUUGCUAACUAGGCAUUUGCUAGGGAUGUGUUUGUCUGUCUUUCCUUAGGUGUAUUUGUUUAGUAGGUUAUUCCUCAACCACUGUAGAAUGUUGUGUCCAGCGAUUGGUGAGAGAAAUAUCAUUAGCUGGACGAAACGUUUGUCAAUCCAGGAAGAUUGAGCCUUAUGAGUGCAGACUUUUCUAUCUCAUACCGUCGACAAUAUUGUGUUGAAGCGCCACAGACAAACGUUUUGGACUAUGCACUUGAACACCUCUGACAGUGAACAGUAAGGUGAGAGGGUGCGAAUGCUUUCAUGGUCACCCCACUGUGAAGUGAGCUUCUUUCUCAAAGGCAAAUAGAUGUGGCCUGAUGAACCAAGGCCUAACCUCCAUUACCCUUUGACCAUCCCUCUAUCCCUGAUGAGGAGGCUGAGCAGUGGAGGAGAAGACCAUGAGGGGAGUUACGGGGGAAGAGACGGCUGGGUAGCAGAUGUGGUAGCCCACAUUCCCCCCUCUCCCCAGAAAAUGUGCUUGCCUCCCCUCCUUUCUACUCUGCAUGGUCCCAGGCUGAGGCAGAUGUUUUUGUGCUGCUAGACGAAGAUUCCUGGAGCUUUUAACGGAGAAGAGAAAAGACGUCCAUGUCAUCAGGCAGGGCCAGGCCAGGCCAGGUCAGGCUAAGUUGAUGUGAUGUGGGGGGACUCAGGGGAGAGGAGACUGUACGCAGCAAGGCCAGGGCCCGGGACCUGGAACACACUGACCUUGGCUGGCUCCUCUCUCUCUGUCGUCUGUCUCUCUCCGCAUUAAUUGUGUUUUUCUUUUUUCCCUCCGUCCCUUUUUUCAGUCCUCGUAUCCUGGAACAUAUAAACAGGAUGUAGUCUUGUCUGAUCGUAAAUCCUCUCUCGUCUGCCCUGGCCCCCAGUCCCCCCCGGUCCCUUGCCCCAGCCUCCAGGCUGAGUUGGAGCUAGGGCCAUCUUAACCGGAGCUUGGACUGGGCGGGAAGGAGGAGAAGGGUGGUGAUGGUAGAGGGCUGAAAUUGAGUUUUUCCUGAGAAGAAAACUUUGUUUGUGGGUUCAGUGCGUCAGUUGUAAUCAUGCCUUCAGCCACCAUGCAAUUUGUUCAUCAAAUGCCUGCUAUCCUACCUGCAUGUCUUGGAAUCUAUACAACAAAUGGUUAUGAGUGGAGGCUACUCUAGUCGAGUGCAGGUUUUUCUGCAAUGUUGUGAGGUAGGGUUCUUUAAAAGUCAGGCUGAUUUACUCCUAGCAGCAGCUUUUAAUUAAGCAUUUUCACAUUCAUAUUUGUAAAAACGAUCUAUUGCACAAAGAGUUCUACCAGCCUUAUUCAGAAUGUGCUUUGCCCUUGAUCCUUGCACAUCAUUUCACUUAUCUCAUAUUGGCUGGACUCGUGACAUGUUUAUCUAGUCUAGUCUUAAACAUAGACUGUUUAAGACAAAUUACCCACAACCCACAGGAAGAACCCUUUCUCCUUUGUGUUAAACACGCACUGUGAGGAUCUUAGAGAUUUCCCGAAAUCUUAAAGAAUAGCCAAUCCAGAAUUCAAAUCCCACAGUAUUCCAUGAGACACUUGGAAAACAAGGCAUUCUCCCUGUUCUAAUCCUGACCUGUCAAUGACACUAAUGUAGCCUAGGUGAUUGUCAAGCCCUAUUCUCGCUCCCUUCCUCCUUCUAGCCUGAUCCCUAUCUUCGUCGCCAGUGCCAAUGUGGCCUAUUCAUAAGCUAUCAUCACCCUGGCCCCUUGUACAGUCAGUCAGCAUUCCAAGGGCCUACUCUAUCUGUGGUUCAUCGUUUUGUGACCCUACUCUGCAAUGCCCAACACAAACUCAACAUCCUCCGCUGAUAUUGAUGCACAGAUGAAUUUAUUUGUACGGUUGUCCUUUUGUGUUCUUUUUUCUACUCGGCAGGUGACGGAGUUGCCUCGAGUCAAGAGAGAGUUAAUCUCAAACAUAAAGCGUCAAUUAAAGUUCCUCUCCAGCUUUUCUUCUUGGCUGUGCGUGUCCAAUGUUCCCUGUUGAAUUGAAAGAGUGAAGGAAAAUAGCGUUCAUUUAGAGAUUAGGCAUUCGUCAGGGAUUCGUCAUCACGACAUGUCGGAGCCUGAGAGGUGAGGUGAAAGUUCUACUGUGUGAAAGUAAGUGUGUGUUUGGAGACGUGGAGCGGCUGCCAAGGACUUAUGUGGGAAACUGUCCGUCACUGAAAGGCUUGUCGUUAGAAAAAGGAGGAAAGGGAGGCUUAGCCUAUUGUUGACAUUUUGACAAUGUCUUGUCUCUGAAGACUAGCCUCGAGAAAAGUGGCAAUACUGAACAACAGUCUUGAUGUUCCCCUCAGGCCAUAACUAUCAAUGUUUCAAACAUGACUUACUGCAGCUAGGGCAUCUUUCCUCCUAGUAACUGUACACAUCAUCCCAACAUCUUAGACUUACAAAAUGUCCAUCUCUAACAAUCAAGUUCUUUAUCAGAAUUGUCUCUCUUAUUACCCACCAUGCACUAUUCUCUUUAUACCACCCCAAACCUAGAGAUUCGGAAACCUUGGUACAUCAACAAAUAUGUUGAUAUCAUUCUGGUCUUUUUACAGGGCUGAAUGCAUUGAGGAGUGCUCUCGACAAGUGGCUCCCAGCCAUCGGACCUCCAAUUAAUGGGGACAGUGACGGUCACUUUCCAGGACCUUCAGUGGGCCAUGUCGGAGGUCAAACCAGGUGCCAUGAGGCAGGUCGCCAUCGAUGUCCCCAAGGUGCGCUGGUCGGAUGUGGGAGGCAUGGAGCAGGUGAAGCCGAAACGUAAGCAGGCGGUGGAGUGGCCUCUCAGGCACCCCGAGGCCUUCACCUGCAUGGGCAUCCAGCCCCGUAAAGGAGUACUCCUCUAUGGAUCCCAGGCUGCUUCAUGAUCUCCAAGGCUCUGGCCAACGAGAACGGACUCAACUUCCUUGCCUUUAAGGUGAUGAUCAUUCAAAGUUUGAUUGUUGCCUGUAUUCUCCACCAGAUGGUCAAUGUACAGGCAGGGAAGAGUCCAUUUUAGUCCUUUCUACACCUACAGGGUUCCCUAAAUCCCACCCCUUUAAUGCAUACUUUAGUUUUGCAGUUGCAUUGUGUGCAUUGCCUUCAAGCACAGUUCCUUUUCUUAUGGCUGACAGCAUGGACCUUUGACGUUUCCACAACUAGGGAGAUUCUGCAACUAUAGAUAGUAAAACUAGUACGGCUUCUUUCCGUUUUCCAAAACAUACUGUACUUAGCUAUGGCCAGUGAUUUACCACCGGCAGCCAUUGUCUUGGCUUUACCCCAGUUAAAAAACAGGGAUGUGUCCCUGAUUAUCUCAAGGACCUCAGAAUCUUUGGCUUCCUUGGAGGCAGACCUACAGGCCUCCUCACUUGACCCCUCUGACCCCAUGUUUGUCCUUUUCAUUCAUCACCCCAUCCCGUCUUCUCCCUUCUCUCCCUCCACCCCAAUUCACAACUAUCCACGACACCGUCCUCAUCCCACCCCUCUCCCUCGCCCUGCUCUGUCCAGGCCCCUUGAUGGAGAUUGAUUGAUCACUUCACUGAUUGUUAAUUGCCGAUUAUUUUGGAAGCUGUUGCCGGGUGCGAUGGGGCUGUGACAGAAACUGUCAGCCAGCCUGAUUCGAUUGGGUCAGUGGUAAAAGAUAGUGGAUAGGCUGUAAUAUAACAAAGGAAGACUUACCUUUUAAAGACUGCUUACAGUGUAAAAUUCUCUUAAAGGUUUUUCUCAUAGAUGCUAUUUGUGAAUAACGUCCAACCCAAAUUGUUCAUAUUAUGUUACACUUGAUGUUUAAG